CGUGCUGCAGCUAAUCCAGGAUCAUUUUAUUUUAUCACUUGAAGCUUUGUGCUGCGUAAGUAAUCUAUGUAAUAUUAGAUUUUGUUCUCAUAAAUAUACACCGUUUAAAUAAACUCUUAUUUACUCAGGAAACUGAUGGAUUCUACAUCAGUAUAAGAAACUAGGCCAAGGAAAUCUAAACUGUCUACUCAAGUAUGUGGAUUUUUUACUCUUGACUGACAAUGACAUUUCAAGAAAGAUAUCGAUUUUCUCUAAGAAGUGGACCUUUGCGAUUUUUGCAAAUAUAUAUAAUAAUAAUUGGAUCCAUAGAACCAUGGACAAUUGUUGCUAAUUCCAUAACUUCACCAGCACCAUCAAACCAAUCGUCUUAUGAAAUUGAAAGAAACAAUCUUUCCACAUUCACACAUAUUAAUUCAACCCAUACUGCUGAAAUAAAUCAACGACAUAAAAAUGAUACAGGGGAGAAUAAUGAUGAGGAGGAAACAACAUUCCAUCCUGAAACUAUAUUAUUCCAGUUAUCUGAUAGAAAAUUUUUUAAUUCUCCAGACAAAAUGAAUAACACAAAAUACAUUAGAAAAAAAAUGCUAAAUGUUACGAUGUAUAAUGCAAAACCAGUUGAGCCAUUGAAAAUAAAUCCUAGUGAACUUCCUGUUGAAAAAAACCGUACAGACCUUCCAGAGCACAAUUUAUCUAAAAAUCUAGAAACAGUCGAUUUAGAAAGCAGAAUGCUUUUUGAACGAAAUAAAGAAUAAAAAUAUUAUUAUGUAUUUUC